AAGAGGUUUCAUUGACGUGUACAAAUGACAGUUCUCCCCUAAUCCACAAUAAAUACGAUUUUUUCGUGCUCAUUCUUCAGAAAUUCUCCUAUUUCCUGUGCAAAAAUUAUGGAAACACAAGCAGAAAAUGAAACUUUGUUUGUGGACUGUAGCAUUGUGAAGGAAGAAUAUGAUAUUCAGGAAGAGAACAACGUUAUUCUUCCUGCAACUGAUAAUCCUGGAGAACCAUCAGAAACCCAGCGACCGCUGAAACUCGAGAGAAAAUACAAAUGUCCUAUUUGUGGAAAAGGAUUCACCCAACCAUCUCAUGCCAAAACCCAUUUGGCUGUUCAUUCAACUGAAAAAACUGUUCCCUGUCCACAGUGUCCAAAGAAAUUUGCAAAUAAACCCAGAUUGUACGUCCAUUUACUUUCCCAUUCGAACAUAAAUCUUCCCUGUGGAAUCUGCGGGAAGGUCUUCAAAUCCGUAUUGCACUACAGGAGACACCUAAAGAGGCACACAUCCGAGAAUAAGUACGAAUGUGAGAAAUGUGGGAAUAAAUUCAAAGAAAAAUUGAUCCUGCAGCGUCAUAUCGUUCGAGUUCAUAUUAAUGAGGAAACCAGUAAAACUCAGUGUCCUAUCUGCAACAAAGUACUCAAGCAUGAGUUCAGCCUUAAGAAUCACAUGGCCAUUCACAGUGAAAGAACUCCCUUUGACUGCCAAUACUGCAGUAAGUCAUUCCAGAGGAAAUCCUAUCUGACGAAACACAUUGCACAGCACCACAAGGAUCAAGAACAACCCAAGCAGAUCAAUGUUAAAGAUUUAGACAAGGAACAGAUUAAAGAAUUAGUGGACAAACUCUACAAGGAUGUUCCCACGACUAUAAAUGAUCCAUUUUUAUGUACAAUCUGCAAGAAGCUCUUUAGGAACCUGGAAGAUAUUAAGCUGCAUUCCCUACAGGUUCACUCAACUGAAUACAUCAAUCCCGAGAACGUAGAUGCUGUCCAAUUUGUCAUCAAAGAGGUCAGAGAAAAGAAGCACAAAUGUUCAGUUUGCGACAAAGCCUACUACACUCAAUACGAACUUAACAAUCACAUGGCUAAUCACACUUCUGAGAAGAAUUUCUCCUGUACUCAAUGUUCAAAGGCUUUUGGGAACAAACUGAGACUGUACUAUCAUCUUAAGACCCACGAUACUACCCGAGCUAUUCCAUGCCACCAUUGCGACAAGUUUUUCAAAACAGCCAAGAUUCUCAGAGCACACCUGAAACGAGUUCAGGGUACCGUAAAGAGUGAGCCAGAAGAAAGUCUCUAAAAAUAUUUUAAUUCUAUAAUAUUGCAAUAAGUUUAAAACGCAAAUAGAAUAAUAUGGAGAAAAUCAAUGAUAAGCCACGAUAAAUUAAUUAAACUUGAGUUAAAAUUAUCAAGGAUCGAGUUAUCAAAUGCAUAAAGUCCGAGUAAGUAAGCAUUUCAUACGGAUAGGGGACAGUGGGGUAGUUUAGGCAGCUUAAGUUAUUUUUUAAGAUUCAUUUACCAAAAAUUUAAGCUGUUAUGCACAGAAACUUGCUGAUUUAUUAAUUUAUUAAUAAUUAAAUUAAAUAAUCAAAACUAUGCACAAAAGCAGGUUUAUAAGCACUGUCAAGUUCUUGUUAAAUUAAUCAAGAUGUUUCUAAUGUCCACCGCCCGAGGGCAGAUCUAGCGCUGAGGAAAUGUUGAAAGGGUUUUUAAAUUUAAAGACUUUUAAACAUUUUGGGGCAUUCGAGCGAUAAUUGUAAAUUUUGAGCAUUUAUUUCAUUGCGAAAUUUUCAUUAAAAA